AUGCUUCAGCGCAUGCAGACACGACGCCCAAUUGUUGAGGGUUCGCGCAUGCUACGAGCAGCGGUCUUGGACUUUGUGGAAGAUGCGCCAUCUUCGUUGAUUGUAGGUUGUCUGCUCUCAGACGAAGAGUCUGCGUUCUCAAAGACCCAAGGCAAUGGAACCAGCGUGGGGGUGUCGAAAUCCCACUCCCAACUGCUCGAUGAGUUUGCAAUGUAG